AUGAAACUCAUACAAAACUGCUCCAUUCUUGCCGUUAUAGUGGCACUCAGCAAUGCCGCUUCGCUUCCCACCAGCCUCCGAAGCAAGGAAAUCCACCAGAUCUCCACUGUGGAAGACAUUCCCGAACUCCGCAAGGGAUUUACUUGGAGAAUUUUGAAGCGACCCGUCGGAAACGAUACAAGAAUUGGCCGUGUUGUGGAAACUGAUGCUGAGCCCAACCAGCUGAAAAGCGGGAAUUGGGCAUUGCAUGCUGGGUCACCCCCUAUAAACGAAAAUUGUAUCACGUUGAAUACCCAGAUCCUGAACUACCAAUCUACAGUUCUCGUGGAGCCGGGCUACUGCCACCAAGCAACAUAUGGCACCCGCUUGACCUAUGCUUGUGCCAAAUGUCAACAGGUCGCUGUGGACACAGAUCUAUGGCACAAUGUAAACCAAGCAAUCAUCAGCCACUGUGUUGACCAUGGUGAAGCUGGGUAUGGGACAGACAAAAAGCAUGGUGAUUGGGAACUUGGCAUCGAGCAUUCGGAUGAUGAGCUGCCUUCAUAUAUUUGCUGA